CAUACAGGCGAGCUGAGAGGAUGACGAUGGUGAGUGAGCUCCAUAGUGUCUGAUGGUUUGGUAAUAAUGGACGUCCCCAAUGGCCAGCCCAGCGUCUCCACCUUCACAACCCCGGCCUCAGAGAGGAGCAGCAGUUCUGAGUCCCUCAGUGAGAAGGGCCCCUCAGAGCUCAAGAGUUUUGACGCUGUGGUGUUCGACGUGCUGAAGGUCACGCCAGAGGAAUAUGCAGGUCAGAUCACUCUCAUGGAUGCUCCAGUGUUCAAAGCCAUCCAACCUGAGGUGAGUUUCUGGGUGGUGAGGGAGAUUCUUCAUGCUCAGACUCUGAAGAUCAGAGCAGAAGUGUUGAGUCUCUAUAUCAGAACAGCAAAGAAACUGUGUGACAUGAACAAUCUCCAUGCAGUGAUGGCAGUAGUAUCUGCUUUACAGAGCGCCCCCAUCUUCAGGCUCGCCAAGACCUGGGCUCUUUUGAGUCGAAAGGACAAGGCCACGUUUGAGAGGCUGGAGUAUCUGAUGUCUAAAGAAGACAACUAUAAACGCUUGAGAGAUUUCAUCAGCAGCCAGAGCAUGACAUCCUGCAUCCCGUAUCUGGGUAUAUAUCUGUCUGAUCUGACCUACAUCGAUUCGGCGUAUCCAUCCACCGGCAGCAUUCUGGAAAACGAACAGCGUUCCAACCUCAUGAACAACAUUCUGAGAAUCAUCUCAGACCUGCAGAGAUCCAUUGAAUAUGAUAUCCCAGUAUUGCCGCAUGUCCAGAAGUAUCUUAACUCUGUGCGCUACAUUGAGGAGUUACAGAAGUUUGUGGAGGACGACAAUUAUAAGUUGUCCCUAAAGAUUGAGCCACCAGCUACCAGCACACCUCGCACCACUGCCUCUAGAGAAGACCUCACAGGUCCAGAUAUAUCUGCCUCACCGUUAUGUGGUCGUCGUGGUAAUGUUGAAGGUGCCCUGCCUAAAGUCCCGCCAACGCCACCCUCACCUCGGAACCUCAUCACCUACGGACACAGGAAGUGCCACAGCCUCGGCUACAAUUUUAUCCACAAAACGAACACGGUGGAGUUUAAAAGCGCUACUUUCCCCAAUGCCGGAUCCAGACACCUGUUAGACGACAGCGUGCUGGAAAGCCACACUCCCACACGAGGACAGGCAGAGAGCUCAACACUGUCUAGCGGCAUUUCACUGGGAAGUAGUGAAGGGUCGGAGCUCAGUGAGGAGAUGUCAUGGCCUGCCUUUGAGAGGACUCGAUUCUACCACUCUCUGGGCCCCGUCAGCAGAGUGGGUCGCAUUUCCUGCAGAGGAGCGCUCAGGCCCAGCAGCUCUGCAGAGUUGGAGGAGCUGGCGGUGCAUCUGUACCCAGGAGCCAUCACAGUUCAGGGGGUCUUACGCAGGAAAACAGUCCUCAAGGAGGGCAAGAAACCCACGGUGGCAGCGUGGACUAAGUAUUGGGUGGCUCUUUGUAGUACUCAGCUUUACUAUUAUCCUGCUAAGUCCCUCAAGGCCACAGAGAGGAAGCAUUUCAAGUCUACCGCCAGCAAAAGUGUUUCUGUUUUGGGCUUAAUGGCCAUGAUGGCAGAUGACCCGGAGCAUCCCGACGUCUUUCUGCUGACUGACUCUGAGCACGGAAACUCAUAUAAGUUCCAAGCAGGGAACAGAAUGAACGCUCUGCUGUGGUUCAAACACUUGAGUGCAGCUUGUCAAAGCAACAGGCAACAGGUCCCAGCGAAUCUAAUGUCCUUUGAAUGAGUGAAACCAGGGCGAAUCAAACACGGCUGGAUGACAGGAGAGCAGAGGAAUAUGAAGAUCGCUGGGGAACGAGGAGAGGCCAGGGACGAAUAAAAGAGCAAAUUACUCGUGUUUUGUGUGUGUUGGAGCUUUUCCACUGCCAUCACCCAGCCUGAACCCCACAGCAAACUCCUUGAGCACCACUGCCUUAACAAGCAGAGUAUGUGUAUGUGUAUGUGUGUGUGUGUGUGUGUGUGUGAAAGAGAGAGUGAAGCGACGCCCCCAGCAGCAAUGGUGUCCCUUCCGCUGGUUUGACCCGAAAGGACCUGAUUCCUUCUUCCUUUUACAUUUUAUUUACACUUCCUGCAUCUUCCAUCCGAUUCCCAGCCAGCGAGGAACUUGGAAUCUUCUUGGGCUCUUCUUGAAGGACUCUUCUUGGACCUCUGGAGUUUGUUUACUCCUUCUUUACCUUCUUUGUUGCUUGAGUUUUAUGUAUUAACUGGUUGUAAAUCUAAUCAGCGCUCCUCCUUCUUUGACGAAACGCACACAGGAAUCUCUCCGGUUUUGCAGAUCGAUCCUCAAACACUCACACAAGACGGUGAUUGCGUCUUCAGACACUUGAGUUAAGGCUAAUGCAAGCAUGACACAAGAUUUUAACACAAACAGGUUUCAACUGCAGCAAAUGGAAGUCCCUCAUUUAUUAAAACACAACUCCGAAAGGGCUCCGAUACUCCAUGAAUUCCAGAUGAAGAGAAACUCUUUAUCUUCUGAAUGUCUCCUUCAGUUUUUUCUAUUCAACCUCUUGUGCUCUUUUAUGGAUUCUCCAGCCAUCUUUUUUAGCUCAUAUCAACACAAACACACACACAAAAAUGUCUGUUUUGCUAGAAGGCAACUAAGAUGUUCAAAACAAGGGUGUGUGGGAAGAAAGAUUGAGAAUGGAAGAGCUCAUCAAGCAGGAACAACAAGAUGUUUGAAGUCACUCCUUUAUGGUAAGACUCGUACAGCUUCAAAACAUCUGCAAUAAGCACACCGGUUUACACAAGUUCAGUCAAACGGUAAAAGAAUCAUCUUUGAGGACACACUCCUACAUAAACACACUUUUCAAGCUGUGAAUGUUAGUGGGCGCAGACGUCAGUUGGUUUACAUCUUCAAACUUGUAUUUAGUCCCAUUAUAUUUCGUUUUUUUCCCAGUCUACCAGUGGUUUUCCAAUGGAAUGGUGGGAAUCGGAGCAGGAGAUAAGGCGGUUGUGUUUUCUGCCGCAUCAGUGGCCCACUGCUAUUUUUAUGUUUUAUGUUUUGUUUUAAUGUGGUUUUAUUAUUUUAUUUCAGUAUUACUGGGAUAGUUGCACAUGUCUAGACUGUUUUAAUUGUCUGUUACAUUAACAUGUUUUGUAUGAUUUUGUCAUUUUCAUUUUGAAAGUAACGCCACCUUGACUUGGUUUUCGUGGGAUGUUUUCUUCUCAUUGAGCCAUUAAGGUUCUUGUUUGCUCAUUUAGUUAACAGCUUUAUCAGUUUCUAUUGGGAACAAGAGAUGUCUGCUAAGCUCAGAACAAAUGAUUAACGUUCUUGCGGCGUCAUGAAGCAGGAGGCCUUAUCCGCCAGACCAGGAUGUCUCAGGACGUUCGAUUAGAUGGGUCCAUCUUUAUCUUUCCAUUUCACUUGAUCCUGUUCUUCUGUAUUUCACGGAGCAGUGUAUUUUUCCAGGCUCGGCUCUACUGUUUCCAGUCGGGUGGAACAUCAUAUUGAGAUUCAAAGUCUUGUUCCCAACACAAGAUCUUGGGUAAUGAAGGACAUGAAUCCAACUUUGCUUCGUCCAAGUGCUGUGGCGUCUUUGUUUGACUGACGAUAAUAAGCCAAAUUUACAUAAAUGGUUAUUGAGGAAUUGGCAACUGGUUUAUACUCGUUCUCGCCAGUUCUCACCAUUUGCUUUGUGGUUGUUUUUGUAUGGGAUUGAGUGGAGAUGAUUGGAUGCUGAGGUCGAGGGUGGGAAACUGGACACCUUGCGUUGCUUGUCUUCUUAAAACAAUA